AUGCACAUCUCGCAAAAGCUCUACGAGGGCCAGAAGAAUGGCAAGCCCUCGUUCUCGUUCGAGUUCUUCCCGCCGAAGACCGCCCAGGGUGUCCAGAACCUCUAUGACCGUAUGGACCGCAUGCACGGCCUGGGCCCGACCUUUAUCGACGUCACCUGGGGCGCCGGUGGCCGCAACUCUACCUUGACCUGCGAAAUGGUCAAGGUCGCACAGUCCGUCUACGGCCUGGAGACCUGCAUGCACCUGACCUGUACCGACAUGGAGAAGUCCAAGCUGGACGAGGCGCUGCGCGAAGCAUACAAUGCCGGCUGCAAGAACAUCUUGGCGCUGAGGGGAGACCCUCCGCGUGAGAAGGAGAAGUGGGAGGCCACCGCCGGCGGCUUCCGCUACGCGAAGGAUCUGGUCAAGUACAUUAGGGACAACUACGGCGACCAUUUCGACAUUGGUGUGGCUGGAUAUUCCGAGGGAUGCGAGGACCAGGACGACCCAAACCUGCUUCUGGACCACUUGAAGGAGAAGGUCGACGCAGGCGGCACCUUCAUCGUAACACAGAUGUUCUACGACGUCGACCUCUUCCUCGACUGGGUCAAGAAGGUGCGCGCCAAGGGUAUUACCAUACCGAUCGUCCCCGGCAUCAUGCCCAUCCACACAUACGCUGCCUUUAUGAGGCGGGCGACCUGGACUAAAUGCCGCGUCCCGCCGGAUUGGCUGGAAGCUCUCGAGCCAGUUAAGAAUGAUGAUGCGGAGGUGCGCGAGAUCGGCAAGCAUCUGAUCGCGAACAUGUGCCGCCGGCUGAUGGAGGCUGGCAUCAUUCACCUGCACUUCUACACCAUGAACUUGGCCCAAUCCACGCGCAUGGUUCUGGAAGAGCUCGGUCUUACUCCGGAUAUGUACAGCCCGCUCGAGAAGCCUCUUCCGUGGCGCCAGUCGCUCGCUCCCGGUCGUCGCGAAGAGAACGUUCGUCCCAUCUUCUGGAGGAACCGCAACCGGUCCUAUGUCGUCCGUACCCAGGACUGGGACGAGUUCCCCAACGGUCGCUGGGGUGAUUCGAGGUCUCCUGCCUUUGGUGAGCUUGACGCCUACGGCAUCGGUCUGAAGGGCACAAACGAGCAAAACAUCAAACUCUGGGGUUCGCCCAAGUCUGUUCGUGAUAUUGCCAACCUCUUCGUUCGCUACAUGGAGGGAAAGCUCGACAGCCUUCCGUGGAGCGAGCAGCCAAUCACCGCCGAGGCCGAUGUGCUCAAGGACAACCUCGUCAACCUCAACAAGCGCGGUCUCCUUACCAUCAACUCGCAGCCUGCUGUCAAUAGCGCCAAGUCCACCCACCCGGUGCAUGGAUGGGGACCUCACAACGGAUACGUGUACCAGAAGGCCUACCUCGAGGUUCUUGUGUCUCCUGAACUUAUUGCAGAGCUGAUCACGCGUAUCGAGCGUGAUCCCGAGAUGACCUACUACGCCGUCAACAAGGCUGGAGACCUCAAGACUAACGCCCCCAGCGACGGUCCCAAUGCUGUUACUUGGGGUGUCUUCCCUGGCAAGGAAAUCGUCCAGCCCACUAUUGUCGAGACCAUUUCCUUCCUUGCCUGGAAGGAUGAGUUCUACCGCCUCGGAGAGGACUGGGCCAAGUGCUACACUUCCGCCAGCCCCUCUCGUUAUGUCAUCGAAGACAUCAUGGAUACCUGGUACCUCGUCAAUAUCGUACACAACGACUUCCACGUUGAGAACGGCAUCUUCGCUCUCUUUGAUGGCCUCGAGGUGAAGGAUCUCGACAAGGAACUUCAUGGUUCUGCGAACGGAGAGGUGAACGGUAACGGACACUCGACGGCCAACGGCGUAGCCCACACCAACGGCGAGAGCAAGAUCCCCGACACCAUUGUCAAUGGCAAGUCAACUUCGGCAGUUCAGAACGGAACUGCCAACUAA